AUGGCGUCGCCUCCGGAGCAGUAUCACUACCCUUCCGCCCAGCCGCCUCAGCAGCAGCAGCAGCGGCUGGUCCAACAGCAGCAACACCCCCAGCUGCAAUACUCCCAACCAUCGCAGCAGCAGACCACCUCUCGGGCCAAGCCGCGCAGCUUCAGCUUCCGAUCUGACAAGUCGCAUCACAGCGGAGGCAGCAAGUCGGACUUCUACGAGACCCACGAGGAGAAGGAGGCAAGACGCUUACACACCAAGGCGGACCCGUCGCUGGCCAUCAACGAGGCAGAGCCCUCAACAGUCGCCGCCAUGAUGACGCAGACGUCUCAUGUCCCACUGCGGUCGAUGCAGCACAAAGAUACCUGGGGCAAUCCAAUCUCGGAUCCCGACAAGUCAAACCCCACUCGCAGUCGCUGGGAACGACCGCUCGACACCAUCAGAAGCUUCGAAGCCGCCAUUGACGGAGGAUACAACCGCAAAUCCAUGUACCGAUCAGACACGGACUCAGUUGCAGCCUGGAACAAACGAAACAGCUUCCAUCCGCAGAACCAGCCUCGGUUCCCCCAGGAUAGCUAUUACGGCAGCCGACCGACAUCCUUUAGGGCAGAAAGCAGCUACGGAGCCAUGACCCCCGGCGCCAACAGGAACAGCUACUAUGACGCUCAAGGUUACGGCGGCGGCUAUGGCAAUGGCAAUGGCAAUGGCAAUGGAUACGGCAGGCCGAACCCUCGCGAGCGCGCCCAGCGCAUGCAUUCAGAGGGCCAUUACCAGACAUAUGGGAGGGAGCAGCAAAACAUCUAUCCCAUGCCGCACAAGGAUCGUUCUUACGAGACGGUGACAUCGGCUGCGCAAAGCGGCAACUCAGAUGCCGCAGGCUAUCAGACCGACCCGACUAGCAGCGACAAUAGCUCCAUCGACCGGACAUCCUCAGCUAAGCGCCAGGAGCCCACCAAUGACUACGGUAUUGGCUUCAACCAGGCACAAACAUAUCACUCUCCCAACUUUUCGGUCGGAUUAGGGGCAAACAGCGGCAACAGCCAUCCUUUGCCUCCUGCGCCAGCCCUGCAGCAGCAGCAGCAGCAUGGCGCCGCACCCGCCGUUCCCAGGAAGCAGACGGUACUGAAGCGGCAAGUGUCCCGGCAAGAGAGUCCGGACAAGCAGCGGAAAAGCUGGUUCAGCCGCCGAUUCAGCAAAACAUCUUGA